AUGGCUCCGUUGAAAAGAGCGGCGUCUGAAACCGUUUCGUCUGGAAACCCGUCAUCAUUGCACAACGGAGAAGGUCCACUGCAGAAGAAAGCGCUCAUUGCAGCACUUGCAAAUGGAGACAAGGAGCUAGCACAAGGGCUAGCAGACAGUGGGACAAAUGGCAAGAGAGAAGCUGCAGAAGACCAGCUGGGAGAUGCCAGUGCGUCUGAAGAGGAAGAGCGCGAUGAAGAUGCCAGAGAUGGAGACGAAAACGACGAUGAGGAAGAGGAAGAGGAACAAAACGGGAAUCAUGAUAGACAGCACAAAACGAGCCAGUUGAGCGCCCAAGACGUACAAACGGCGCGUGCCACCGCUGAGCUUUUCAAAUCGAACAUUUUCAAGUUGCAAAUCGAUGAGCUCUUGCAGCAGAUCAAACUCAAGGACUCGCGCAUCUUGAAAGUGGAGAAAUUUUUGCACAAGCUCUAUGACACAAUCCAAAUGGUGCCCGAUUGGGAGCCGACCGCGCUGGCCGAUGUCGAGUCUUAUUUCAAGGGCAAAAUCGUCGCCAUUCCCUUUGCGGACCCCAAACCUGCCCCAUCUGUGCAAUAUAAAUUCAACUACAAGGCCCCAGACGUGUCUUUGAUCGGUUCAUUUGCUUUAAAAAGCGCCACGUACGACCCCAAAGGGUCCUCGGUCGACGUUCUCCUCACAAUGCCCGCGGACUUGUUCGAGAAAAAAGAUUUUUUGAACUUCAGAUGUAUUCACAAGAGAAGCGUAUAUUUGGCGUAUUUUACGCACCAUCUUUUCGUGCUGUUCGAAAAAGAGCAACUUUCCGAUUUUCUGCAGUUCAGCUACGAAUAUUUGAAUGAUGAUCCGCUGUGUCCAAUUCUGCGACUUCAGUGCAAGCCUGGUGGCUCUUCUGAGUAUAAUUUCUUCAAGACCAACUUUUCGAUCAACAUAAUUGUCGGAUUCCCAUACGGGUAUUUCGAUGCCAAGAAACUGCUUCCUAACAAGAAUUGCAUCCGUGUCCAAGAAGAUAAAGACACGAUGACCCCGUUGUACAAUUAUUCUAUUCUUUCGUCUUCGACUCAUGAGCACUACUUGAAGUUCCUUUACAAAACCAAAAAGCAAACCGAGGCCUUCAAGGAUGCGUGCAUGCUAGGAAAAUUAUGGCUCAAGCAGAGGGGAUUCACCUCAAAGUCUGCACAUUCUGGUGGGCUAGGCGGAUUUGGAUCUUUCGAAUUUGCAGCUCUUAUGAGCGCUCUUCUCUGUGGUGGUGGUGUAAAUGGUGGUAAAAUCCUUCUUCAUGGUUUCUCCUCUUACCAGUUAUUCAAAGGUGUUAUGAAAUAUCUGGCAACUAUGGACCUCUGUGCUAAUGGUCAUCUGCAGAUUUAUUCGGACCUUGACGCGUCGUCAAAGUCAUCAACCGCCAAGUACAUUGAAGAGGGUUUCCAGACUCCCACAAUAUUCGACAAAACUACUAAAGUCAACAUUCUUACAAAGAUGUCCGUUUCUUCGUAUCAGGCACUGCAACUCUAUGCGCGUGAGACGUUCGUUCUGCUGAGUGACGUGGUUAAAGAUCAGUUUGCUAACAUUUUCCUGACCAACUUGAAUAAGUUUCAGGAAAUCAAAUACGAUAUGAUCUUUGAUCUAGAAAUACCGACUCAAUCGGUGCUCGUGGAGAAAUUUGGACCCACUGAAAAGAUCAAAUUCAUCAGUUUAGAGAACUUCGUCGUCAAUAAAAUCUGCAAUGUGGCAAAGAUUGCUUUGGGCGAUAGAAUCAAGUCGCUGCAGGUCGAAUUGCCGAAUCACAAGAGUUGGUUCCCGAUUAGUAAACGGAAACCUUAUAAUAACACAAACAUUUCUAGUGCUCGCAUCCGAAUUUUGGUGAAUCCAGCGGAAUCCGAAAAGCUAGUCACAAAAGGCCCACUCAACUCGGAGGAAUUUACCAGUGAAGCCCUCAUUUUUAAAAAUUUCUGGGGAAAGAAAGCAUCUUUGCGUCGUUUCAAAGAUGGUUCAAUAACGAACUCUUGCGUUUGGGCCACUUCUGCCACUGAAUCGGUCGUCUCUCAAAUUCUGAACUAUAUCUUCAAGUUGCAUCUGGCCGAAAACGUCAAACUCUCUAACCUCGCUUCUGGACAAUUCCUGGAGCUUCUUCCUCUACCAAAUUUACCAGCGAGUUCCAGCAUGUCUGUUUUGAACCUAAACACGUUUUACAAUCUACGCAAGUCGUUUGACAAUCUCUCUACGCUACUUUUCAAACUCGACUUACCCCUCGGUAUCAAAUCCGUUCUGCCAGUCGGCUCUGCAUUCAGGUACGCGACUACAUGCCAACCCGUACCUUACGCCUUUUCGAAUCCAGAUUUCUUGCAAGACGUGCUUCUGGAAUUCGAGUCUUCACAGAAGUGGCCAGAUGAGAUGACAUCUUUAGAGAAGGCAAAGACAGCAUUCCUUCUCAAAAUUCAAGAAGCCUUGAAUGCUAAUCAUGGCCAAUACAAAACAUUUUUUUCGAGAGAUGAAUCAAUCCCAUACAACCUCGAGAUUGUUACACUCAACAUUCUAACUCCGGAAGGCUACGGAUUCAAGUUCAGGGUUUUGACUGAACGUGACGAGGUGCUUUACCUGAGAGCUAUCAGCAAUGCACGCAUGGAAGCCAAACCAGAGUUGGAAAAUGUUUUCUUGAAAUUUACUGCCAAAUAUUUGGCAUCGGCAAGACACACUAGAACGCUUGAGAACCUUGCACACAGUUUCCCACUGUACCCACCCGUUGUAAGACUUUUCAAAAAAUGGCUAGAUUCUCACCUUCUCCUAUCGCAUCUAUCGGAAGAACUGGUGGAGCUGAUUGCAAUCAAGCCAUUUGUAGAUUGCGCACCUUACUUUGUCCCAGCUUCUGUCGAAAAUGGGUUUUUGAAAAUCAUCGAAUUUCUAAGCCAGUGGAACUGGAGAGAAGAUCCACUCAUUUUGGAUUUGGUCAAGCCCGAGGAAGUCGACUUAGGCUCUGACCCCAGUUCUGCCAAUGGGCUAGACCUCAGCUCUAAAGGCUCCACUGAUCUUAGAGAAAACCUUACGGUGUCACAAAUUAAGGCCAUACAAAGUAAUUUUUCCACCCUGCGUAAGAGCGAUCCACAGGGGUUGAAUAUCCAGUUUUUCGUUGCCUCUAGGAACGAUCCCAGCGGGAUCUUGUAUUCAAGCGGUGUCCCGCUCCCAAUCGCAACCAGACUGACAGCUUUGGCCAAAGUAGCCUUCAACCUGAUUCAGGCGCACGGCCUCAAUAAACAAACCGUGGGUCUACUGUUCACGCCGGCUUUGAAGGAUUACGAUUUUGUCGUGAAGCUCAAAAUGCCUGUUUCUCUCAAGCUUCCGAGCGGCGUGCUGGAUCACAGUGGGUUCAAAAACCUCGAAGAUCAGCCCAAAGGCUUCCCAUCGGAUCUUGCACAAAUGAGCGAGAAAAUGGAUCCUUCUUUCCAACUGGUCAAGUACCUGAACAUGAAAUACAAGAACAGCAUAAUUUUUUCAAGUCAUCGUUAUCCGGGCAUCAAUGGCGGUGAAGCCGGCGAUCGUAACGUCAUCACCGGGUUGGUGAAACCACUCUUCAAGUCGCCUGUCAAAUUCAGGGCAAACAUGGAUGCCAACGUCAGGCCCGUCAACAAUGAAUUGACGCUUCUCAACAAAGAAGCCAUUUUCAACGAGAUAGCCGUUUUUGGCAGUGAUCUCAUAACCGCUUUCGAGCUCAAGUAA